UGUUGCAGGCGCUUGCUCUGAGUUGUACUGCGGUCCACCUCUGCCAUGAUGAUCCACGGCUUCCAGAGCAGCCACCAGGACUUCUCCUUCGGGCCUUGGAAGCUGACUGCGGCCAAGACCCACAUCAUGAAGUCUGCGGAUGUGGAGAAGUUAGCUGAUGAAUUGCACAUGCCAUCCCUCCCUGAAAUGAUGUUUGGAGACAACGUUCUAAGAAUCCAGCAUGGCUCUGGCUUUGGAAUUGAGUUCAAUGCUACAGAUGCACUAAGAUGUGUAAACAACUACCAGGGAAUGCUUAAGGUAGCUUGUGCUGAAGAGUGGCAGGAAAGUAGGACGGAGGGUGAACACUCCAAAGAAGUUAUUAAACCAUAUGAUUGGACCUAUACAACAGAUUAUAAAGGAACGUUACUUGGAGAAUCUCUUAAGUUAAAGGUUGUACCUACAACGGAUCAUAUAGAUACAGAGAAACUGAAAGCCAGAGAACAGAUUAAAUUUUUUGAAGAAGUUCUCCUGUUUGAAGAUGAAUUACAUGAUCAUGGAGUUUCCAGUCUGAGUGUGAAAAUUAGAGUAAUGCCUUCCAGCUUUUUUCUGCUGUUGCGGUUUUUCUUGAGAAUUGAUGGUGUGCUUAUCAGAAUGAACGACACAAGGCUUUACCAUGAGGCUGACAAGACCUACAUGUUACGAGAAUAUACAUCCCGAGAGAGCAAAAUUGCUAAUUUAAUGCACGUUCCACCUUCCCUCUUCACCGAACCUAAUGAAAUAUCACAAUAUUUACCAAUCAAGGAGGCAGUUUGUGAGAAGUUAGUAUUUCCAGAAAGAGUUGAUCCUAACCCUGCGGACUCACAAGGCCCACCCUUGGAAUAGAAUGUGGUACAGCAUACUCUCCGUGUGGAUCCUGUCUGGACAUCUCAGCUGUUUGUAGGGAUAUUUUUAUUAUGAGAAUUAAUUUCCUUGCUUAUGCUCAGAUUUUCUGUGGCCUAAAGGAAAAUAAAAGAGCAUUACAGGCAGGUCCCACUCAGCUCCCAUUUAUCUUGUCUGUCUUCAAAUUCCUACUGGAGGUAUAACUCUGGAGCUACAUUUGGAUUCCUAAAUUAUCCCAAAUUGUGACUUCAGCAGCAGUGAUGUGUGUGUCUCAGGAGGGGGACAUGAUCAGCGUCCAUCGUGAAGCAUCUUCUACUGUGAAGAGGAUAAAUUGUAAAUUCCAUCACUGAGUCCCGAUGCCUUGCGACUUCCAUAGGAUUCUGGCUGCAUGUUGAUGUACUGUACUGGCUGGGCUUUAGGCUGGCUUUCUGGUGUUUAUUCACACUUCUGGAGAGUUGUGACAUGUCACCUAGGAAAUUAAUCUUGUAUUAUUCAUUAGUUCCAGUUUCUGGGCAACAUUUUAUUGUGUGUGUUUGUACACACAUGUAUUUUUGAAACUUUUCAUUUAAAUGUCUUUGUCUCUGAGUACUGUUAGAUUACUUAUUUUGAUAAUUCAUUGUUAAAAAUUGUGGAGAAUUAAAGAAUUGACCUUUUUAUAUAUAAAUAAAGUGGGUGGUGGGAAAGAUGAGUGUGCUUCUGAAGAUUGUAUUAGUGUAUUCCGGUGAGGAAUGCCAAGAAAAUGUGUCUGGCCAUUUCUAAAUAUGACAUAUACCAUUUUAUAUUUAUUUGUCCAGCGUCUUUUGUAAGAGGAGAAUAAAUAAUAAGGAAUUGCA